CUCUCUGACAGUGUAGUGGCUACAGACUGGUUUCUAUUUCACAUUUCAUCUAUGUGUUAGAGUAAUGGAGGACAAAACUAUUUUUUAUUAGUUUGCUUGAGACGUUGUUACUUCCAUUUAUGAGUUGGCUACCUACUCAGCAUCCCAGAGCAUUACCACAAUGAAUCCAGGUAUCCAGGUAUUGAUUGUUUUGGCAGCAACAAGCUUGGGAGGAUGUAUAGCACAAGAGUGUGGUAAAGCUCCUCUGGGAAAUCGUAUUGUGGGAGGAAUUGAUGCGCCAGAUGGGGCAUGGCCGUGGCAGGUCGACAUCCACUUAGGUCCUAGUGGUCACGUGUGUGGUGGCACACUUAUUGCCAGCAACUGGGUGCUCUCUGCCGCCCACUGUUUUCCCAAAAUAUCAGAAAUUUACUCUUACAGCUUCUAUGUGGGCCGCCACAAACUCAAUAGCUACAACCAGUACGAGAGCCACCACAGUGCCAUCCGAGUAGUUGUGCCCCCUGACUACAUGGACCCCCAGACUGGCAGGGACCUGGCACUGGUGCAGCUAGCUGAACCUGUAACCUGGAGUGUGCGUGUGCAGCCCAUCUGCCUGCCUGUCAGUGGUAUGGCCUUCUCUGAGGGUACACUGUGCCACGUCACAGGCUGGGGCGACACUCAGGAAGGAGUAUCCUUGUCAGGGGUAGGAACUCUCCAGCAAGUCAAGGUACCUAUCAUUGAACAGAAUUCCUGUAACAGUAUGUAUAAGGUCCAAUCAUACUACUCAGAGACAGUGGACAUCCUGCCAGAUAUGAUCUGCGCUGGAUUCAAGGAUGGUGGCAAAGACUCGUGUCAGGGAGAUUCUGGUGGGCCACUCGUCUGCCCCGCAGGGAACAGAACAUGGGUCCAGGCUGGGGUGGUGAGUUUUGGACUAGGGUGUGCCCAGCCUAAUCGGCCUGGGGUCUAUACCAAGGUGUCUGCUUUCACUGACUUCAUUAAAUCAACAGUCUCUAAUGCCCAGCUUAUAGGUGGGGGAUUCCGGAGAGAGGCCAAUGAGGCUUUGGUGCUGGGAUAUUCCUUGGCUUUGGUGUUGCUGGGGAGAUAGACUGCAAAAUAUACACAUCAACUAAACAUCUAAAACUGUAUUUUUCAAAAUUGUUUUCAGAUGAGAGAAAGGUUUUACCUGAUCAGCUACAAUGUGUUCUGUAUGUGAACUACACAAACUGUGGACUUUUACAUGCAGCAGUUUAGGUGAAAUCAUUGGCUGCUUCAUGUAAACUCACAUACCGUAUUUCUUCGAUUAAACGCUGCAGCGUUUAUUACACAAUGUUCAUUUUUGGUGCAGUGUUUAUUCGAGGGCAGCGUUUAUUUGAGGGCGGUGUUUAAUUAGUAAGAGAGAUUUAGUGAAUUGUAGCUGCAGUGCGGCCAUAGACAAACAAAGAAUAGACAAGGUCAAACAUAAAGCCUAGUGUAAAAUUGAAGCCGCAUGUCUACAUUGUGUAGAAAUCUGAAGCAGCAUGCCGAUACAUUCUUACACUUUAGCUUUCAAACAGAAAGCUGUGCAGAAAGCACUCAACAGCAGCAACAGAUCUGUAGCACGCAAACUUGGGGUUGAUGAAAGGCGAUUCGCGAGGGGUGAAGUCAGCUACCUCGCUAUAUUGUUAACUUGUGAUUUACAUGUGUAAUAAAUACUGUGUUUUAAUUUAACCAAUUAAAUAACCGUUUUUUGAUUUUUUGGGUGCGGCGUUAAAUCGAGGGCAGCGUUUAAUACACAAUGUUCAUUUUUGGUGCGGCGUUUAUUCGAGGGCGGCGUUUAAUUGACGGGCGGCGUUUAAUCGAAGAAAUACUGUAUACGAUAAUUUCAUUGACAGAAAAGGUUGUGGGGGAAGAAUUAUGUGAUAAGUCUACAAACCGAUUUAUAUUUAUAAUUUGCACAAAAAGGCUAAAUGUAGCAAUGCAAAACUUUUUUUAUGACUGCAUACAGAACAGAAAAGCUCAAUGCAACAUCAAUCAGCUGCUAAUAAUGACCCUCUGCUGGCCAAGUGCAAACCAGCUGCAAAGUUUACCAUAAAUACUCGUUGCACAGAACAGGAACAAAUUGUCUUGUUUUUCCUUAAAGAGUAACUACACACCAAACUUUGUUUUUGUUUGUUAUAGUUUUUCUCCAUUGCUUUGGCAUUUAAAAAAAAAAAAUUCAACAUUAACUAAACUGUAAGUGCACAAUUGUUAAUACUGUUUUAUGGGACAUCACAACUCUAUUGCAUGUCUGCCGAAGGUAACUGACCCAAAACAUUUACUAUAAUUCAUGCUUCAAAACCAAGUUAUUGUGUCAGUAAAUUGGCCAAUGCCAUCAAAAUAAAAAGUGUUUUGUCAUUGUGUGAGCCGUACUGUUUAAAAUUUGUUGAUGUUUUUCCACCAUAGCAGUCAACCCUGGAAAUGUUUCUUAUAUACAAAUUAUUAUAUUUUUUCUUUCAUCUUUUUUGGUUCACACUGACUACUUAUUGUACUACACAAUAAUGUCAGUUUUGUCUUUCUGAAUGCUAUUGUGUAUCACAGUGAGCUUAGAUACUUAUUUCAACAGUAGGUACAAGUUUACUGGGAAAAAUCUCUACUGUAAUACACAUACAUUUUUUAUAAUUCAAUAAUAUGUUGUGCAUGUGAUGACUCACACGAUGAAAGAAUGUUUAGAAGCUGAGAAAAGUAUGACAGUUUCAAUGAGAAUCAACUCCUCGGUUUUGAUCAGCAGGCCAUGUGCAUGCAGUUAUUGUGCGCAAUUGUAGACAGUUAAAAGAGUACUUACUCAUGUGCAAAUUUCUUAAAUGAAUAAGAAAUUGAAAUCUGGUGUGGCCAUUUAUUGUUCAGAGAUUUGAACUUACUGUUUUGAAAAUAAAUAUUCUCAUUCGAGAAUUGAGCCAAAGUGAUUGAGAAAAACUGUAAAACCUUAUGUUUAAUACUCAAGCUUUUGUUUUUUAAAUAUGGAGGAAAGUCCCAAGGCAAAAAUUUGGUUGUUUAGUUACUCUUACAGAACUGUUUCCAUGUAGUAGCCUACAUUUGAUGCCUCCUCACUUAAGUCACAAGAGGGGACUAAAGAUCUGAAAUAUUUAGUUUGAGAAAUGUAUGUGUGUAAAAUGUAUUUACAUUAAACAUUAAUUGUAUUUUUUCCCCCUGUG